AUGAACGUCUUCGAAGGAAUCGAAAAGAGAGUUAUAAUCAAGCUGAGGAAGGAAUGCUUUGAGAAAAAGGAGAAGAAGAAUAAUAUUUCAUCCCUGUUCGACAUCUCCAGAGAAUUAUGGGAGGAGAAGCUCAAGUUUAUCGGAUGCAGCAUCGUGUCAGAAAUUGAAGAAGAUGUACAAGCACCAGCAGAAGAAAGGUGUAGAGUGUACCUGCUGUCAGAAAGCUCCCUCUUUAUUUACACAGAUAUGGUGUUCAUAAAAACAUGCGGUAAAACGAAGGUAUUAUUUUUCAUCCCUUUUCUGGUCGAUUUGUUAAUGCUGAAGUUGACGAAUGAUUAUGCUUUGAAGACUAAUGGAAUGUACGACGAAAGCUUUCUUUCCCAAAAUGACUUAACCGAUGUUGUUCAUUUCAUUAGAGAGAAUUUCGAAUACGCAUUCUUCACUCAUAUGAAUUAUCAGAAUAAGACGAAGGAUGGUUACUACGAGCAGGAGUACCCGCACAAAUCUAUUGAGGAUGAGAAAAUAUUUUUCCAGUUUUUCUUCAAGAAUUUUCAGUUUGCCAACACGCCCCUGCCGCACGGGAGGAAUCACUACAUCUUCUUUGCGCAAGUGAGUGAGGUGGUGAGCGGUGCUGCCAAUGGGAUGACGAGCGAUGCUGCUAAUGGGUUGACCAGCGCUGCUUCCAAUGGAUUGACGAGUGCUCCUGCCAAUGGAUUGACCAGCGCUCCUGCCAAUGGGUUGACGAACGGGGCGGCCCACUCCCCCCCCAGCACUCUCAAAUUCUGCUCCGAAAUGCACCUGUUCGGAAUCAACAAAUACAGCGAGAGGGCCAAGUUUCACGAACUGUACCUGAACGAAGACUCCCUAGGCAUAUUCCAAUCGAGAGAAGAAUCACAGAAGGUCUACGAAGAGAAUGAAAAAACGGACAUAUGCUGUAGCGAAAAUUCAUACGACUACGCAGAGUACUCUUCGAAAAGUACGACGAAUACAGGUAGCAUGUACAAGGAGACUAUGACUCCAUUUCGAACCGCAGAGGAUAUGGGAUACUAUGGACAUCCCCGUAGAGAAGCGUUCUCCAAUUUUCACUUGAAAAUCACCGAUAUGUGUGAUAAGAAUUUGGAUGAAUCCGUUAAUGAGGACACGAUAUCGUACAGGAAUGAGGAAUUCCCCCUGGGGGGCAGCGGACACAAUAGGGGGAACAACAUCGGAAUUGGUUGCGGGAUUACAAACGUCAGCGAUGAUGCCAAGCCACUCCUACUGCAGUCCACCCUGAACGAGAGCAAAUAUGUGCAGAGGCAACCCGCGCACGAAAGCUCAGUCGCGAACAUGCAGUGCGAAUUGCAGCCCCUGGAUGGUAGAAGCCAAAGGAAUGUUAAAGCUGAACAGAAGAGGGAAAUCAGUACUGGCAGCAACGCAUACCUAAACGAAUUUUACCUGCGAAGUGAGUCCAUGGCGAAGGAUAAAGAAGUAGGAGGAAUUGGAAGCGGAAUCGGAAUUGGAAGCGGAAUCGGAAUUGGAAGCGGAAUCGGAAUUGGAAGCGGAAUCGGAACUGGAAGCGGAAUCGGAAGCGGUGUUCGCACCACGUCAUCCCAGUGUAGCACCAACGACAGUAGUGUAAUUCACCUGAGGAACGCCCACCCCAAUUUGAACAAUUUCAGCGCGUUGGAUAACUGCAUUAGGGUUGAAGGAACAGAACUAUCAUCCGUUGUGUCGUCACCGAGAAGUAGCCAGCAAAUGAAACAGAUGGAGAACCCAAAACCACAGGUGUAUGUGAAAAAAAUAGAUACCAAUUUGUACGAAUGCUCAAGUGUACAAAAUAACAAGGAAAAAUUUCUUUACAAUGAGUUCUACUUCACUCCAUGUGGCUAUUCCUGCAACGUCGCACAGAAGAACAACUAUUUUUGUGUUCACUACUCUCCAGAAGAUUUGGUGUCCUACGUCUCGAUAGAACUUGCGAGUGACUUGAGGAGCGAUAGUUUUAUCAGAUUUAUGGCAAACCAGCUGAGUUUUUACGGAGGAAAGAUAUUUUACGUGGUGAAUUAUCAUUACGAUGUUGAGGGAAAUGGCAUUGGAAAUCGUGUAGGAGGAAUAUCCAUGUCCCCCAACUCGGAGGCAACUCUCCUGCAGAGAAAGCUCAGCAACAAUGUAGUACUGAACAACGAGCAAUACUAUGCUAUCCUCUGUAUGAAGGAAGUCACUGUGGGUUUUCUCAAAAUGCAAUAUUUCGUAUACGAAUUGAAAAGUGUAAACGAUGUUAGGGGUAUCAAUCUGUAUCUUCCUAAUGGACUCAACGAAACUGAAAAUAACUUCGUUGUGACUCCUCUACCGAACAAUGUAGUUAGUGACAUGUACAUGUAUAGCUACCUAUUUUGCAAGCAAAACCGAGUGUUGAUGAUAGAUAUGGGUACAGAAUCGGAGAGUAACAGCGGAAAUGUGAACCUGAGCAACCACUACAGGAUCAGUGACACCAGCUCGUGUAGAAACCUGUCCGAAGAUUCACUAAUCUUGAACGUAGGGGGGACAACGGAAUGUGAUGGUGACUUGAAGGAAGUAAGAAGGAUGCCAGUUCUAUCGAGAGAAGUCUUGGAAAGCACCUCAAAUAAUGCAGACGAUGGAAAGGACAUCACUCCAAGCAGCAAAGCAGAAACAACACAAACGAAUGAAGAAGAAUGCCCAGAAAAGAAACAUAAAGAAGAAAUGAUAAACUACUAUCGAAAGAACAAAAUCGAGAUCAACACGUUGAGAAGAAUUUUAAAUGAAGAUAUCGACACAUCUGUUGUAUGUAUAAACCUGCAGAAAAUUUUAGCUCAGUACAUCCGAUUUAAAAAAAAUCUACCAAGUGUAACCCCCUUCUAUUCUGUUAAAAGCAAUAAUGACGAUGUAGUAAUUAAAUUUUUAUAUGGAUUGAAUUGCAAUUUUGACUGUGCAUCUGUUGGAGAAGUAAAAAAAUUGAUAACGUUACUUCCGGAUCUGCCCAGAGAUAGAAUCAUUUAUGCCAACACCAUAAAGAGUAUCAACUCUCUCAUCUAUGCAAAGAAGGAAAACAUAAAUCUGUGUACCUUUGAUAAUAUCGAAGAGUUAAAGAAAAUUCUCAAAUAUCAUCCCAAGUGUUCCCUACUCCUGCGCAUUAAUGUAGAUUUUAAAAAUUACAAAUCGUAUAUGUCUUCUAAGUAUGGAGCUAAUGAACACGAAUGGGAAAAAAUACUCUCCUUUGGAAAGAAGAAUAACUUAAAUAUAAUUGGAGUAUCCUUUCAUGUUGGUAGUAAUACAAAGAAUCUCUUCGAUUACUGUCAAGCCAUUAAAUUGUCAAGGGAUGUUUGGAAUAUUAGCAAUAAAAUGGGAUACAAUUUUGAAAUUUUAAACCUUGGGGGGGGAUACCCAGAAGAAUUAGAGUAUGAUAAUGCCAAAAAAAAUGAAAAAGAAAAAUAUUGCACUUUGAAUAAAUCGGAAUUAAAGAAAGACAUACAAAGCUUUCUUAAUGAAAAAUCCGUGAUGAAAACAAAGUAUAACUUUUACAACUUUGAGAAAAUUGCGCUUGCUAUUAAUAUGUCUAUUGAACACUAUUUUAAAGAUAUAAAAUCCAAGUUGCGAAUAAUUUGUGAACCGGGAAGGUACAUGGUUGCUGCUUCGUCCACCCUGGCUGUUAAGGGCUUGAAAAACGCAGAAAACGCGGAGGAACUGCUGCUGCUCAGCCACACCAACCUAAGCGACAAUCUCAGCUGCAACAGCAAUUCCAAGUUAGGAAAUAUAACAAACAUAAAGAGAAAGGUGGUCAGCAUUAACGACAAUCGAUACAACUACUACUCCUACUACGUCAGCGACAGCAUAUACGGCUGCUUCAGUGGAAUCAUAUUCGACGAGUACAAUAGAUCCCCCGUGUUUGUAAUUCGAAACCAAGGAGAUAACAGUACGACAUGUGAUGAUGUGGUAACUUCUCCCCAAUAUCUGGCUAACAUCUUUGGACAGUCCUGUGAUGGACUAGACAUGAUCACAUCCAUUACGUACCUACCUGAAUGCUACAUUAACGACUGGAUUAUUUAUGAAUAUGCAGGAGCGUAUACUUUUGUUAGCUCGUCCAAUUUUAAUGGAUUUAGAAAAUGCCAGAAGGUGUAUAUUUUCCCCAAGAACUCCUUUUCCUUUCUCAAGUGA